AUGGACUCAUCACAUUACCGGAAAAUCGAGCUACAAUCCCCCGCAGACUUCACUUUCCUCCACGGCAACACGGUCGCCCUCUCCCGCCAAAAGCUCGACCUGCAUCUACCCCCCUCGGCAGCCCCAAACAAUGAGCCGGACCCUAUGCGCGAGCGCGUGCGCGAGCUCGUUGAUGAUUUCAUAACCCGUACUUUCGCAUCCGCUUCGUCCUCCGUCUCAAUCAACGGGCUCGACUCGUCGUCCCCGGAGUUUCCAUUCCCAGCAGCAUUCACGGCGCCAACAGAACUCGAGACGGUCGAGUAUGAACCCUUCGACGGGAAGUUAGCGGCGCGGGUGACAUCACUAUAUGCGCAGUUGGAGUCGCUGACUACGACGGUUGCGCAGUUGAGGAGGGAUGCGCCGGGGCGGGCAGCGAGGGAGUAUGCGCAAGAGUUGGCGAAGGUUAUUGAGGAGGAGGAAAAGGCGUUAGAGGAUGAAGAUGAAGAAGAAAUAGACGCAGAUGUCGAAAUGGAUGAUGCAGGUUCGAAUGUGGACGCCAACACAGUCCAGAAUGAAUCACAAGCCCUGUCGGAGAGAAGCGCUACGAAUACGAACGGAGAGAAAAAUGAAGAGAGGAGGCGGCGACGGAAACCAUCGAGGAAGGAGUGGAAGCUGGAUAUUCCACUUGGCACAGAACAGGAAGCGGAGCGGUGGCGGAAUGGGGAGAUGGCGGAGGUCUAUGAGGAUGCAUUGCGAACUCUACUUCGGCUUCAGGGUGAGCCUGUACUAGGGGAUGACGACACCGUUGCGUCCAAGUCCGACGGUGUUGAUGGAAAUGCGCUGGCAUCUACGGUAGGCAAAGCCGAGCGAGCUGGCAGGGCGGUUGAGUUCGUGGAGAAGAUUUGA